AUGUCAAUAACGCGUCCAGCUGGCCACAGAGAGCUGGCGACGCGCGGGUUUGAAAGGAUCGAGGAGAUUGGAGGGUCUAAAAGGCUUUUGGAGGUGCCCACAUUUGUCCGCAUACAUCAGCUGAGCAUGGAACGAGGCAGAGGCACUCCAAGAGGGAGUUCAGCUCGCGGCGGCAAGCGAGGAGCUGGCGCUGGCGCAUCUCAGGACAAGCCAAAACGCGAAGCAAUUCUAGAUCUGUCAAAGUACGUGGGAUCUAAAGUACGAGUGACCUUUACGGGCGGACGCCAAGUGACCGGGAUCCUCAAAGGAUUUGACCAACUACUGAACCUUGUUCUUGAUCAAGUGGAGGAGCAAGUCUCUGAGCUUCAACAGAAUCCGCGGCAAUUGGGUUUAGCAGUCGUACGAGGCCCUACUGUCACCCUUAUCGCCCCCGAUGACGGUUACGAGGAAAUCGACGACCCCUUUGGCACAUCUUAG